AUGGAGAGAAACCUGCUUCUGCCACGCAGGAUGCGGAUCCUAAGCCCCAGGCGGAGGAAGGCAGCACGAAGACGAACCCAGCGGCAUCUGCCCCUCCGCCAUCACCAGCAGCUCCCCCUUCCACGCCGGCUCCUGCGCCACCGUCCACUCCCGUUACCACCCCUAUCCCGCCCGGCAGCUUCUACGCUCCUCUGAACUCGGCGAAGAAGAGUGAGACAGGUAGCGCGAAGAAGCGAAAGUCCCCGGAUAAUGAGGACGACAGAGGGUCGGAAGAUGCGAAGAAUUGGGCUCGGCAGCCUCUGACAUUCAGCUCGCCCGGGCGAUCUCAAUCUAAAUGGAAGAGUAAUGGUGGGGGCAAACGUUCGUCCCUUGCUAACCCGUACAAUCGCCUGUCAGGCGGGAAUAACCUCCGCUCGCCUCGGGACGAUACACACCAAUCUCGGAGACCGGCCAAGUACGGCAAGAGGAGGCGGCUCAUCUUCUAGAGCUGCGGCAGACGACACGACGUCGAUGAGAUGAUUUAUUAAUGUUUAUUUUGGACUCAUUCAUCGGUGUACCAGUGCCACUUGCCAUUUCAUCGCCUUGCACAAGUUUAGCGGAGGCUUGUAAAUAGACGAGACGUGUAUAUACGACGAGUACAAUCAUAAUUUAGCCUUCACGGGCCCUGUCUC